AUGCAGGAUACCGCCUCCCAUACACAACCGGCCGCUGGCGCCGGUUCUCCGCCGCUCACUCUGCACGUCACCCCUCACGUGGAUCGGGCGACCAUCUACCAGAACAAGUCGCUGCAACGUCGGUGCGCGCCACUGUCGUUCAGCGCACCAGUAAGCGAAGUGCAGGUGAUGGUGCCGAUGCCAAUGAAGGCCCAUGGGAGGUGUGGGUAUGAUCGUGACUCGGUGCAGGUGGAAUUCGGUGCGGCGUUCGAUGGAAAGGUCAUCCUUGCCGGUGUGCUGGUGGAUGAAGUGGAGCAACAUUGUCUGCGCAGCGACGGGACGGUGGACGUCAAGGUGGCGCAUAUUGCGGAUGUGGCGAGCGCAAGCGACUCAGACGCCGAUGGCGGAGGCUUAGGUGAUGUGUCAUCAGCGAAUGCACGUUGCGAGGUGGAGUCGCAGCUUCGUACAGUGAAGCAGAAGCUUCUGCUCAACGAAAUUGCGCAAGCCGAAGCCGCCUCUGUGCUCGAUUACAGUGUGGAUCUUGCGAAAUGUGCGGUGGAACCAUGCAAAGGCGCACCGCUGAUGCACGCCGCUGCGCUGCAUGACCCGGAGAUGUGGGGCGCGCACCUCGACGCGUUGGAGAGCGCAAGGAGAGAACAUGCCAAGACAAAGCGGGAGCUGCUGCGCGCCAAAGCGACGCUCGAGGCGGAGAAGUGGGAGCUUGAGAGGAAGCUAGAUUUAGGCGACGGCGUGCCGAGUCGUGGGAGUGGCCACAGCGAAGAAGCCGGGACGACCGUCGAUGUGGCAGUGCUGACACUCAAGGUUUUGAAGGCUGUUCCACCCGGGCCGGAGGCGGUGGUAUACGUUUCCUACAUAGUGCCGAGCGGUCGGUGGAGCGCCGUAUACGAGGCACACCUGAACACAGUGACUGACGAAGUGGUUCUGUACUACAACGCAGAGGUCGUUCUAAACUCUGGUGACGACUUGAAGGAUGUGGUGCUGACGCUUUCCUCCGCUGUCCCGCGACGGAAUGCUGCGCUGCCGCCGACCAUGGCCAUCUGGCGCUGUGGUAUUGUGCGGCCGUUGCCACGAGCGCCUCAGCUCAUGGUGGGUGCAAACGCUGUUAGAGCCAGUCGAGCUAACCUGCAGUGCGAGGAUGCCCCAGAGGAUGCCCCUGCCCCUCGUGCAGCGCCAAUGAUGAUGCGUGUUGCAACUAAGGCGGAGCAGGCCGGUACCGGGGCCAUCAUGAACUUUGUCAUACCAAACCCGCAAACGGUGAUGGCGAAUGGGAAGACGACGCGUCUGCCACUGACAGAGCUCCAGAUGCCUGCAGAAAUCAGCUAUGUGAGCGUCCCAGAAAAGUCGCUAGCCGCCUUUACACACGCCAAGAUCAAGAACACGAGCGACUUCUUGUUGCUGCCCGGCGAGAUAGCCGUGUUCCUAGAUGGGAACUACGUGUCGCGGUCGCGGCUUGACAAGCAGUGCGCGCCGGGGGGUAUGUUGGACAUGUACUUUGGCGCUGACCCAAGCGUGGAGGUGAAGCGUGUACUGCUGCGUCAGACAAACAAGAAGGUGCAGAACUCGUAUUUCAAGGGAACAAAGAGCAACGUGAAGACGUUCACGUAUAAGAUUACGAUUCGUAACAAGAAGCGCGCUACCGGCUCCGCAGAUGGCGCCGUCUGCAUCAAGUUGGUAGAGCAUAUUCCAACCAGCAAUGAGGAGCAGCUGCAGGUGCGACUUGUUUCGCCAUUAAGGCCAUACGACGAUAUCUACAUCUACGAUGAUGAGGAGGACAGGGUGAGGCAGCAGCUGCGCAAGUCACGGCUGCUCGACAACGAAGGUAUUGUGGAGAUUGAGCGCAGGGUGCGUGCUGGCGAGAGCGUUGAGGUAGUUUUCGCGUUCGAGGUGGAGGCACCGAGCGACUCCACCGUGUAUGGGCUGUGA